UGACAUGCACUCACGUGACCCACGUUACAUAUGGCUGCAGCAAUGAAGCGGAGUGCCGUACGGAUGUCUUAGAAAUUCGUUUUUGGGGAAUAAAGUGGAGAUUGUGUUCUUAAUAAUACCAUGUAUAGCGUUGCCAGGACAACGUGUCUGCGACUCUCUGCUCCUGUGAUCCCCCACAGCUCGACACUUGUGAGCCGCGGGGUGUGUUUCAGUGCAGAGAGACUCCAGGAGGCUGCAGAGAGUUCUGCCAGCACCGCUCCAGCAAAGACUUCAAGAGAGUUCAGUGUUUUCCCCCCACUCCCCGGACAGGAGAGCCUGCUGCGAUGGGGGGGUAAGAAGUAUGAGGAGCUGCCCAUAGCGCACAUUAAAGCAACCUACAACAACACACACAUUCAGGUGACAGACCACCUGGGACAGUACAUGGUCAGGACCUCCUGCGGCACGGAGGGGUUCAAAAAUGUCAAGAAAGGCACCCCGGUCGCUGCUCAGACUGCAGGGAUCUCCGCUGCGGCAAAGGCGCUGGUUAAAGGCGUGUCCUUCGUGCGUGUGGUGGUGAAGGGUCUAGGGCCAGGACGGAUGUCUUCCAUCAAAGGUUUAACAAUGGGCGGGCUGGAGGUCGUGUCCAUCACAGACAACACCCCCAUUCCGCACAACGGCUGCCGCCCACGCAAGGCUCGGAGGAUGUGAGGUGGCGAGAGGGAGAGAGAGAGAGAAUGUGCUCUGCAUCCUCUCAACAGUGCACAUGGACUUCAUUAACCCUGCAACCCUGUUCACAAUCAUAGAAUAAAGAUUUCAGUUUUUUUUUUCUAA